UGUUGUUAUUACCUUGAUCGCUCACACGACUCAAUGACAAGAUCUGAUUGAAGAGGAUGCGUGCUUUUUCCCCACGCUAGCCAUCGUAGUGUAUGUCUUCCCGUUGGUCUUGAUGCAGCUAGAUUCGCAGUCUCCCAGUACAAGUGUACAUCCAGUUUUUGCACAACUCAGAGUUCGUCACAUCUGAGAAAUCUGCAAUAUCAUGCCUUCUAUGACAUUUUGCUUCCACAUUGCGCCAUCUUUGCUAAGAACUUGAUUUCAGAUACUCGCUGGUUCGCUCGUCAGACGCUAGGUCGCUGCCGCUGCUGCGCUCCGGUCGACGACGACGUUGUUGCGUUCAGAGAGAGGCAGAGCAGAAGAAGAGAGGCCGUGCAAGUGCUCAGCAUCUAUGAUUUUCUUCAUCCCAUCCAGCAUCGGAAGGGACACGAGUGCAAGAAGUCUCAUGCCCAGCACGCACACGAGUUGUGACACUACGACAGGAUGAUAAGUUUUCUUCGGGAGAACCGGCUUUCGGACAGAGGACAGUGACUCCUGUAGGCACGGUUACAUUUCGCUCGCGCAUGCCAAGUAGCAAAUGUUUCUUACUCUGUGAGAGUGGAGGAGAGAACGGAAGGUGCAGGUGCGUCAUCUUCAGUCACGCUGCUGAACUGGCGACACGGGAAAUGGACUCUGCACACGAGGAAGCGAAGCUUCCCUCCGCCAUCCAGGACCUUCUACAGCUUCUGGAAGGACAAGGCGAGCCUAUAACGGAGCUUCCCGAGUUUCCCAGGCGUGCAUCACUCUCGACAAUCAUAGGGACGCAAAGCCAAGUGCGUCUUCGAGUGCUGGAGGCAAUCGGCAGCUGCAAAACCCUUGAGAUUCUGGACGUGCGCCAUAUUUGUGGGGGAGAUAUAUCGAUGUUGACGGCAAGCGAGUGGGAGCUAGUUUUCAGAGGUUUCAGGUCUAGCACCGUUCUUAAAAAGAUAAACGUUGAUUAUCGGUCAAGGGAUUCAGAUGAUGCGGAAAACGAGAGCUUUUGUUUCCAGCUGGGGAGAAUUCUGAAUUCCUCUAGCGUAACAGAGUUAUCAGUGUGCAACUUAUUGAGUGCCAGAGGUUUCUUGAAUCUCGCCUCAGGACUGCGAGGACAUCCCGAUUCUAAACUCAAGUCUUUAGAUUUAUUGAAUGUGUGGGAGGACUCGAGUGCGGUGAAGUAUAUGGUUGACAUGAUCAAUAGUGCUCCUCAAUUAGAAACGUUGCGUUUAGGCCAUUGGGACGACAUGGAGGACGAAACCGUUGGAAUCCUGUCCCAGGCUUUGAUCCAGAGCUCUUCUUUGAAAGAAUUGACCUUAGAAGCCGCGGGGAAGUGGGGAGGGCCCUUGUUGCUGAAAGCAUUGGCCGGAGCCGAUCGCAACCGAUCCAUUGAACGUCUUCGGCUAAGGGAUAUGGUUGGACUCGUAGACUACUUAAGGGAACUUCUUAUUUCCAACCCAUCAUUGAAGGAAGUGCAGUUCCACACAUUCGAUAUGCGUCCUGAGCAAUUCCACCAGCUCGGCGAAGCCAUACGUGACAAUGCCAUAGCGACAACUAUACUUGUUCUCGCUAUGUCUGGCUUCAGAUAUGAUGACUGGAAGUCAAUAGAAGCUCUUGCUUGUUCUUCUAGCUCCGAUGUCAAGGACCCCACAGUGGAGCUUCAUCUCGAAUCAGCUUCGAGUGACCAACACUGGAUGUUAUCAUUAAACCUAUUGGGUAGGGUACUGCGCGGGGAAAUCAGAUCUCUAAAAUCUCUGAGAAUACUUGCGGGUGGUAAAGAAGUUAUCACGUUCAGUACAUUCUCUAUGAAUGGGGAAAUUGGAGAAACUUCAGUCCUGAAGAGACUGGAAUUAUCUGUUCGAAGCGAAGAUCUUUCGGAGGCAGUAUGGGAGGACAUGCUUCGGUGCAUGCGAGGGAACCACCUCACUCACUUGGAUUUGUCUGACUCCGAACUCAACGAGGAGGCGUUCAGGGACGUGAUGGGGGUCUUGCAAGUGAACUUGGCUCUCCAGGAAAUCUACGUCUCACGAACAUCAUGGGCAAGGGACGGAAAGGCGGCGCAGAUUCAAGAGGCCCUGAGGCAAAAUCAGAAGCGGGCCGUCUACAUGUCAGUGUUCCGAGAAGCCAACUUAACAUUUGGAGAUGCAAAAGCUGGUCGACUCUUCUUAUGCGGCUCUCCUAAAGCAGGAAAAACUCAAUUGCGUAAAACCCUGAUGAGGAUAAAUCAUAGCUGGCUACACAGAAGCAGACUCUUCAAUAAAUGGAACAUAUUGAGGAGGACCAGAGGCAUUGAAGUGGAGUUUUUGCAAAACAAUGACAAAAUGCAAAUCUCAGUUUGGGAUCUUGCAGGACAAUGGAUGUUUCGUACCCUUCAAAAUGUGCUCUUUUCUCAAACCAACAAUUUCUGUGUUUUUCUUUUUGUGUAUAGCCCUUUUUGUGAGGAAACAUCUUCAAACAAACCAGAUUCUUGUUUUGAAACCGAGUUAGAGGAUUGGUUGAGUUUCAUCACAUCUAGCAUUAAAGUCACAGGACGUGAUCUUCCCCAAGUUUUUGUUGUCAUUUCACACAAAGAUAAAGCCAGAUACAGCUCUCUGAGUUGGGCUCAGUCCAUAUUUGAAAAACUCACCCAAAGAUUCGCAAACUUUGUGGAUCUCCGCCCUGUUCAAGAGUGGUUCCAUGUGGAUGCUCGAAGUAAAAAACAAGUUAUUCCUCUCAACAAUCACAUUUUUGAGAAUUUUAACAAGUUGUUGAGAGAAAAAUCCCCACAGGUUCCAAAAUUGUGUUCUCAACUCACCUCCCUCUUAGUUAUAGAAACCAAGAAGAAGAGAAGUUUUCCUCUGUGGCCAUCCCAAUUUUUUUAUGAAUUCUGUGCUCCCAGCUUGACACAAUUCAUUCCGUCAUCUUAUGCUCACUCUGUUGAUCAUUCAAGGAUAAUGGAGUCUAUCAUAUCCUACUUGAAUGACAUUGGAUACAUCAUUUACAUUCCCAACCUUAAUUACAUCAUUGUAAAUCCCAAUUGGCUCACCAAUACCUUCUUGGGUGAGCUCAUAGCUCUGGGUCAAGACUUUCAAGCUCAAGAGUCAAAGUCUUCUAUUAGAACAAGCUCAUACUCAAGCAUGGACGGAUUUGUGAGUGAGAGUGUCUUUGCUCGAUUGAUAGAAGAGUUUCUAGAAAAACAACCACAUGGACAGAGAGGUGUGGAAAGAGAGGAGCUUGAAAACAUCCUUGUCAAUUUAGAUUUGUGUUUCAAGCUCGAAGAUACUUCUCAGUAUUUCAUUCCUUCCUUCAUCCCUGAGCAUGCAAGCAAGGAAGACCAGAAGCAUCAAGAAGAGGCGCACUUGGAGUCGAUGUAUUGGGAAAAUAGGAGUGAGACUUCACAGUUUGUCGGCAUUCGGAUUCAGUGCCAAGAUGAAAGAACAAUGUCACUGACUGCUGCGUUUUUUCCACGCUUCCAGAUGUUCAUGAGACGCAAGUUGAAAUCCGAGAUGCAUGUUUCCGAGGAGAAUAUGACUUGCUCUCGACAUUAUCAGCGAAUUUUCCUUGACGGACAUCAGAUAUAUAUCGAGCAUGUUCAGAGUGAAAAGUCGCACAAAUACAUAGAUGUUCUAAUGUUAUGCUCGAGGCAUAAGUCAAGGGAAGUGGCUACUAAAUAUGUGAUGAGGCAUAUCGUCCAGGAGUUGAUAUCAUUUAGCGCAUCACCAAAAGGCUGUCCCGGGGUGGCAUUGGUGCUAGGUGUGAUCCAAACAUUUUGCGUGGAGAUGCUGAUUCCGAGUCAUCUCAGAGGAGCCAUUCUUGUCGAGAAGUUGAAAUCGGACUUCAUUUGUAGCAUCAAUGACAAACUUGAGGGAAUGCCAUUGGAAAGGUUGCAGUUGAUGGAGAAGAAAGAGUUGUUUGAUUAUGAGCAUUGUUGGCGCCCCAUUAAAAGUCACACAGGUGGAAGAUCCGAACGAGCUAGAGAUUUGUUGUGGGAGAGCGAUGUGGAAGCAGCUGUGAAUGAGAUUCGACAGAAACGAAUUGAAGAAUUGAAGUCAUUGCAGGAAGGUCUAAUUAGCGUGGACAAUGAUUUGGCUCAGUGUUAUCCUGAAGCUGAAAGCAUGGAUAGCAACUCGAAUUUCCCCCAAAUGAAAGACCGCAAACCACUCACAUCCAGGUGCUUGAGUCGUGCCAGCACAAGUGUGGAGAAUGCAAGUGUGGAGACUCAACUUGUUUUGUUCAAGAUGGACCAGCUAGAAGAAAAGCUAGUACAAAAGGUUGAUGGUUUGGACGAGAGGUUGAGAUCAGUGCAUAGCAUUCUGCAGAGAAUGGAGAUGAAGAUGGAACAGAUACUCUCUUUGCAUCAAGAACUGCAGUCAAUGCUGAGUGCAUUUGUGUUUAAAGUGGACAGAAUAAUUCAGUAUUCUGAUUCGCUUGAACAGGCCAGAAUGCCCAAGCGACCUUACGUUACGACCGAUGUUGGCCUCUUCUAUAGAAUGAGUGCGCUUCUGCAUGAUGGGACAACCGUUAGAUUACAAUUGAUGUGUGAGUCAGUGACUGGGAUUCACACUAUUAAAGAUCAAGAGGGUUUGAAGAUUCGCUUGGACCGGGAGAAUAGCUCGUGCAUUCGGAAAACUAUCGAAAUUUCAUACAAAGUCAUGUAUUAUGCUGUGAAAGCUGGACUGGAUAAGACACUCAAUUUGGGCCAAGCAAUUCCGGACUGGGAAGAUUUAAAAUCUGAUAUUGUUCAACUAGACGGUAUUAGUGAUGAUGAUCAUAGGGCAUUUCUAAAAGGUGGGGAAAGCAAGGAGCUACAAGAAGCAUGGUUGAGGAUUCAUCAAACUCUUGCGCCUCAGCUUCAAAAUCGCUAUUCCAAAAUCUUCAAGUUGUAUCAGGUGAAAUACGUGAGUUCAGAAAAAGGUGGGCAUGCAUGGGUGUGCGAGAAAUGCAUGAAUAAAGGACUUCGUUGUGGAAUUUUGACAUGUUAGGAUUUUGAAGAGGUUAGAAUGCCAAUAUGCAAUUGACAAGCAUAUGUUUAGACCCUCAUGCAAUA